AUGUCACGAUUUUUCUGUUAUCAACAAAUUGAAAUUGCGGUGCUUCAGCCUCGCUUUUACCUCCAUAUCUAUAGGACGUAUCGUGGCGCCUCCCAACUCAUGAAGCUCACACCUCAAAAGGGUCACCAAAUCGCCAGCUUCACCCUACACGAUGACUUCGACAUCACUAUCAUCUGGCACAACGUCGAUACUCGCAGUCACUUUACACGUUUCAGCAUAGAAUCUUGCGGACGGAUUGAGCGCAUCUUGAUUGACUUUGCGCGAGUCUUGCAGACGGUCGUGUUGGAGUAA